AUGACUUCACAGCAUAUACUCCGCAUUCCCAUAGUUGACGACGACAGCAACUUUGUCAUCGUCAACGCCAAGAGCAAUGGGUCACAUGAUUUUGAUCUCUACUUGUCUGGCACCGAGAACGAAGCUCCGUACGAGCUGGCCCUCAAGGACGGCAAUAUCGACAGCUUGCAAACGUCCAAGAAUAAACUUCCUGCCGCAGAGUGGAGACUGAUCCUCUCGCACAUCCUUCUCGAACGUCAGACAGACCCCAACGAGCGCGAUGCCAUAGCAGGAAUCGAAGUCGUCGCGACUGUCUCCACCGAAUCCAGUCUCGAAAUCGUCAUUCGCAAGCUGACUGGAAACAUCACUAUACGUCUCGGAUCCAUUGUCCUAAAACACAACGACGAUAUUGCGCUCGAUCUCUUCGAAUGGACCGGCAUCGCCUCACAGGCAGGCGCAGCAGCCCAGUCACAGAUGCUCAAACUCCAAGGCCGCAUAAAUGACCAGUCAGACGCCAUCGCCAAGCUCCAAAAGCAACUCGAAGAACUCGUCACCGCAAGCAGAGAACAAGAAGACGCCAUGGCCGCGAAAUACGCAAUGCUACUAAACGAGAAGAAAGCGAAGAUCAGAGACCAGCAGCGUCUCCUCGCGACCGCAAAAGUCGACCCCCAGAUUGCCUCGGAAGUGCAAUUGAUCCGCGAAACGACGAAACCACGCAAACCAGCUCCCUCGCGUGCUUCCAAGCGCAAAGCUCCCGCCAAAUCCACCGAGCCGGACCCUACAUCCGACGACGACAUGCAGACCGCGCCCGAAAGCGAAGAUGAAGACGUCAAACCAGCGCAGAUGACGCCUGAGCCUUCCGAUACCGAGACCGAGGACGAAGACGAAGACGCCGGGGGUACCGAUGCACCAGUGCACAGCCAACCGGAGCCUGUUGAUAAACCAACUCGCACGCAACCGGGGCGGGGUACGAGAGAAACGAGAGGCAAGGCCUUGGGCGAUCCUGGCGUGGUCGACGCUUCGACUACUAAAGCAACAGGCAAAGAGCCUAAAGCACCAGCAGAGGAGGCUGGUAAGAAGGCUACUUCUCUCAAAGACUUGCCGCCACCGCGCGAGCUGCCAUUUAUGAAACCAUCUGCGGCUAGUAAAGCAAGCACAGGGAAAGCACAGGUUGUGCGUAGCAUGGACGAGGAUGAUACGGAUGACGACGAAUUAUGA